AUGGACGGGCUCGAGGAUGUCGACAAGGCGUGGCUUCUGAAGACAGUUAACCUGGAAGUGGAACGACUAAGACGCUCUGGAACGAAGCCUAUACUAUUAUCGACCAAGAACUUUGUCAUGACUGUCGAGGAAGGAACUCCAUCGCGGAUCGUAAACAAGAUUGAACUCGAUACUGGUUUUGAUUUUGACAAGAUCACUCAAAUUUUGGUGUCGGAUCCAAUACCGUAUCCCGGGGACACGUCAUGGGAAUACGCGAACGUGUUGCUCAUCACCACAAAUGCACAGUUUCCAAUGAUACUGCCAUACCUGUAUCGACCAUCUAUGAUAACCGAUGUUUCAGACUCAUCAUCGUCUGAACCAACAACAGCAGAAGUGUCUAAAAAGAAGAAACGUGGCAAGGCUGAUAGGCCUACUAUACUGAGAAACUCACUGACGGAUUGGAUAUUCGUCAAUAAUAGUGGCAAGCAGUCUCGACACGUCGUCCACGAAUUCGUCAGUCAGUAA